AUGACAAAACCUACCAGAGAGUUAAUAAAAAUCGUCGAAAAAAGAGCAGGUGAACAAAAUGCUUGGUUGGAAGCUGAGCAGUUUAUUCGACAAGGUGCAAAUAUCAAAGCUUCGACCAAUCAAGGUUCGAUGAUACAAGCUGCAAUUGCGCAAGAAAAGCGUCAACGUCUAAUAUUGCCAUGGAAAGCAGAUAACUGUCUGCGUUUGAUUGAAGUACUAAGACGCAGUUCUUCGGAUCUACUCGCAGCACAAAUACUCUCGGAUAAUGGUGGCGACGUGAACGAGAUGCAUCAGCUAGUUCAGUUACAGGCUAGUUGUUAUCAAACAGAAAAAUAUGGGCCAUUGGGCUUAUUAGGUGAACUUUUGAAGCAAGAUAAAGUAUCUGUUAGACUUGAUGUAGUUCAACUUAUUGUCAAAGGUGAUCCAUACGCUAAACAUGGCUUGACAGCGAUCGAUGCCCAGCAGCAAACUUGUUUAUCGUUAGCGAAAAACAAUCGAAAAUGCUCGAAAGAUGUCGUGGAAUAUUUGCAAAGAGAGUUUGAUAUGAUUCUCAACCAAGUUCCUUUCGAAUCAGCAAAUAUUAACCUGGAUGAAGUAAGCGAAUGGAUCACUAGGGGUGCCAAUACUGAAAUAGUCGAUGACAAACGAAAUACUGUUCUUUCCAAUGCUGUUCUUGCCAAUAACGUAGAGCUCGUUCGUGUUCUCGGGUUUGCUGGUUGUAACACGGCACAUACCAAUGCUGACAAUCUGACACCGUUAGAAAUUGCAAAGAAGGCUACACCAAGAAAUCUUCCGUUAAUUAAAGUUCUAGAAGCACAAAUAAAAAAUGCUGAACUUCAAUCUCUGAUCAAAACCAAAAAAUCGCAAUUGACCAUUGAAGAAGUGAAUAGUGCACUGAAAAAUGGAGCAAACAUCAAUGAACCUAUUGCCAAUAAAAAUACUUUUCUUCAUUUACUAAUCACCUGUGAAGGUACAGCAGAAAUGGUGACUACGUUCGUGAAAGAUUUCCAUGCUGAUCUAACAACAACAAAUAGGGACGGAUAUCGACCCAUUGAAAUGUGUAUUGUACAAGACAAAGAACCGUUUACGGUGCUUAGUGCCUUUUUUCAACUAUCAAAAGCGGAACACGAUGUAUUCUUCAAUUCGAAACUGAACAAAACAUUACUUCAAUUUGCGCUUGAACGGAAAAAUUCUGGAGCAGUAAAAAUCAUCCAAGACGAACUCAAUCUGCGUUUGUGGGAUUCUAUGGCACGUGCUAAUACCAAAGAGGAGCAGAAUGCACUCGUCAUAACUGAAGCAAAUCAGCUAAUCGGUUAUGGUGCUCAAGUUAAUCGCAAACAUAUCGAUAAAGAUUUUCAAGAAUGGACUGUACUUCAUUUCGCAUGUAAAAAAACUACAAAACAGUUUGUGAAAUAUAUAAUCAAAGAUUUGAAAGCUGACUAUGAAAUGAAAAACGGAAAUGAUGAUUACCCAAUAUCUAUAGCUGCCGAAUACGGUCAGUUAUCAAUUGUUCAAUAUUUACACCGUUCCUUAGAUUCAAACUUGAAUGUGUGCAACAAAAAUAAGCAGACACCCUUACAUUUAGCAACAAAGAAUCAUCAACUACUUGUUGUGAGAUAUCUUGUUAGAUGGGGUGUCGAUCAUCAGGCUCAAGACGCGUCAAAACAAACAGCACUCAAUAUCGCUCGAACAAAUGUUUCUAAAAAUAAAGAAGAAGAGAGCAAUGACCAGAAACUUGUUCAUUUUCUUGAACAACUUAUUUGUCCUCCGUUGGAUAAGAAAGAUACUCAACAAUCGAGAAUCUCGAAACCUAAUCUUAAUUUGGAUACGUGUGAGAUUGUGACAUCAGUCACGAUCAAUCCAAUUCAAAUGAUUCAUGACGCUGAAGAAGAAGCAUUGGGGAACAAAAGUGUAGGUUUUCUAGCUGGGAAUCCCAAUGGCAAUCUAUACAACGCUGCGAAGCAAGGUAAUAUCUACGAAGUUAAUAGAGCUAUUUCUCAAGGUGCAGAUAUUCGCUAUCGAAAAGGUCAGUACUCGUUAUAUGAAAUUGCAAAAAAAGCAAUGUUCGAUUUUCAAAAUUAA